AUUCAAGACACAUUUUUUACCCAAGAAUAUUUAAAAAAAAAAAAUAGUGUAGGAAAGUAAAGAACGAAGAGGAACUUUCUUAUUUGAGCAAAGUAACAGUGAUCGACAUGGAUUCGUGGUAGCUAUAACAGGUAUACAGAAUAUUGGGAAAGGCUUGAUUCGUGAUGGUACAGGAUUUGUAACAUUCCCUGUGAAGUAUCAAUGUGUUGUCUUUAGAACAUUUAAAGGCAAGAUCUUAGAAGCUGUUGUGACCAUGGUCAACAAGAUGGGAUUCUUUGCAGCAGCUGGACCUGUUCAAAUUUUUGUUUCAAACCAUCUAGUGUAAUGCGUAAUAUGGAAGGGGUGAGAGGAGAUGAAGUGGUGGAGGUUGGGGGGAACGAGGUGGUAGGGGUUGAGGGAGAUAGCCUUCCCAUCACCAUAGUAGAAGUAGAGGGUAGAGGAGAGAGGGAUUAUGAUGAAAAUGCAGAAAUAGUGGAGGAGGUGAAACAAUACAGAUCUGAACUAAGGACCAAGGAUAGCCUGGGUCACUUAGUAGAAAAUUACGAGAUCUCAUCUCGAGUGUUAGUUAGGCCAGCUGGGGUAGAGGAGAGGGCGUGCUCUGCUCCUCGGGAUCACUGGAUGCCUGUGUAUUCCUACUAUUUGAUAGCGGGACUCAGGUUUCCACUUCCUGAGUUGCUAAUAGGUUUACUGUUAGAUUACAACAUAGGGUUGACACAGUUGGUCCCCAACGCAAUGAGGGGGGGAAGUAGGAGGGAUAAGGGGUGGUAUUAUUUCACCCCUAGGGUAGCUAAGAAGGAGAGUAGGAUUUUAUUCACUGCGGGUCUUUCAUCCAUUAAGGGAUGGAAGGAAAAAUUCUUUUUUGUGGAUGACACGAAGUGGGGGAAAGGGGAUGCCGAGGUGAGGGCGUUAGCCUCCUGGAAGGCCAAAAGGGCCAACCAGAAUAAGUUUAGCUUAAAUGAGGAUGAGGAGGAAGAAGUGAGGAAGUUGGUGAGGAAGGGGGGAGAUGUGUUGAACAUCAUGGACCUCACCAGCUCAGCAUGCAUAGAGGCUGUUGAGCUCUAUGGGCCAAGCGCUCUGAGUGAAGCUGAAAUGGAUCAAUUUUUGAACACUGUUGGAGGAAAGGCUAUCCCCAAGAAGCCAAGGAAGAAGUCAAAUACUACAACCAAACGAGUGGAUGAGGGGAGGGCCAGGAAGGAGGCAGUUCCUGUGAAGAAGCAGAAGGUGGUGGAGGAGGAGAGGGGGAAUGAGGUCCCUGUGUUCGUACCUCAGCCUCCUCCUGUUGAGCUGAACCCUGAGCUCAGACAGUUGGAGGAGGGGGCUGAGGUACGAGCUCUUGGUAAGGGAAAGGGCCCUAUUCCCCCGCUGGGGCCUCAGAGCAACCUGUUCGAGGCGAAUAACAUGACGAGGGCUAGGUGGUUCAUCAACAACACCUUCCCCGAAGUGGACCAAAGCAACGCGCGGGAGGAAGCUCUGAGGUAUGGUGGAGCAUCCGUGGUGAAGCACGUUCUAGAGGUAUGUUAAAGUAGUGGUGUUGUGCA